GGCGGCGCAGUCUGUGCGUCCUGGUGGAGCAGCGGACUCUCCAGUGCGCGUGCGAGCCGCGACGCAGAAGUGCGACAGUCCGCGCAACAGCGAUGACGUCUCUCCACACCUCAGCACCUUCACCGGACUCUUCUCCACCUCCUCUUUCCCUCGGUUCCUCUGUGUAAACCCUCUGGCUCUCUACCCACCUCCCGUCCAAAUCCAGUCUACGUGUCGAACAUGGACUCGUCCGAGGGGGGGGCCCCGGGGCAGGACGGACACCUCGACCUCAGGAGCAGCCCCGGUCGCUCAGACCUCAGCGGACUGUACCACCUGGGUCGGACGCUGGGCAGAGGCCACUUUGCGGUGGUCAAACUGGCUCGUCACUUCAACACUGGCCAACUGGUGGCCGUCAAGAUGAUCGACAAGACCAAACUCGACGUUAUGGCGUCAAGCCACCUCUUACAGGAAGUGAGGUGCAUGAGGCUGGUGCAGCAUCCCAACGUGGUUCGACUCUACGAGGUCAUCGACACGCCCACCACCCUGUACCUGAUCAUGGAGCUGGCUGAGGGCGGCGACCUCUACGACUACAUCCUCCGCCACGAGGCCGGCGUGGCCGAGGGCACCGCCAAGCGCCACUUCGCCCAGAUAGUGCGCGCUGUGGCGUACUGCCACCAGCUGCACGUGGUGCACCGGGACCUGAAGCCAGAGAACGUGGUGUUCUUUCCGCAGCAGGGCGCCGUGAAGCUGACGGACUUUGGAUUCAGCAACUUGUUCCAACCGGGGACGAUGCUGGCGACGAGCUGCGGGUCGCUGGCGUACUCGGCUCCGGAGAUCCUGCUGGGAGAAGAGUACGAUGCUCCGGCUGUAGAUAUCUGGUCUCUGGGGGUGAUCCUGUACAUGCUGGUUUGUGGAGUUCCUCCCUUUCAGGAAACCAACGACAGCGAGACUCUGGUCAUGAUCCUGGACUGUCGCUACUCCAUCCCCGAGCGAGUGUCAGGCGACUGCAGAGACCUGAUCUCCAGGAUGCUGCAGAAGGAUCCGUGUGGUCGAGCCUCGCUCGAGGAGAUCCAGGCUCACGAUUGGCUGCGGGGUCUGGAGAACGCGCUGCUCAGCCCCGAGGCCCCGCCCCACUGGCUCUCGGGGGCCCUGUCCCUCAGCUCCCCCCGCUCAGGAGUCCCCGAGUGCGGGGACCUGCUGGCUGCGAGGCCCCCACCUCAGCCGGCUUUCCCCGGGCCCUGGCAGCCGAGCCUCACCCUCACCCUCCGUCCACCUCCCGCCGAGGAGCCUCCGGUUCCCAAGAACCUGCCUGCACUGCAGCAGAUCUGUGAGGAAGAGGAGGAGGAAGAUGAGGAGGAGGAGGAGGAAGAGGAAGAACGUUUGCCGUCUCUGUUAGUGGCAGAACCAGAGACCGAAGCCGAGCAGAUGCUUGAUGAUCACGUCAUGGGAGAGGAAGAGUCAGGAAGCUCAGCGGAGACAAUAGAGGAGGAAGAGGAGGAGGAAGCAGACGUGAAGAUGGAAAUAGAGAUUAAAGACGUUGGCUGUGUGAUUUCAGACCAACCCGUGAGUCACGGAGACAAGUUGGUCGGUGAAACUCCUGAAGUCCCGUCGUGGUCCCUGCCGGGGCUGGUCCCGUGUUGUCAGGGUCAACCAGACUCCACUGCAGAGGAUGGCGAGGAAGAGGAGGAGGAGGAGGUGGAGGAGGAGGAGGAGGAGGCGGAGCCUAACAACAACACCAACAAACCGCCUCCCUCCAUCCCUGCAUCCUCCGCCAGCCUCGACUGCAAAGAGGCGUCAAAGGCAGCGAGAGAGGGAGAGGACAAAACCGAGGACGGGGCUCGAGACGACCUGAUGACGGACAGAUCGCAGCCCCACAAUGCACUGGGGGAGGCGGCGCCGCGGCUGGAGCAGGGGAAGCGACCCAGCCUGAAGCUGCGUGAGCGACUCUUCCAGUUCCCUCUGUGUGAGAAGGCUCUGGCCCUCAACAUGCCGGCGCACAACAAGCCCAAGAUCCUGCCGCUGGCUCAGUACAACUGCUGCCACGUGCUGUGAGUGUGACCCAGCCGGGGCGCGACCUGGGACGUGCCGCUCGACCACCGGGGACACGCCGGCUGUUUGGCAUUCGGCAGGUGGUCGAGGGCGGAGCUCGAACCCUGUGACGUGGCUGCUCCCUGCUGAGAGCCGGGGCCGUGGGCAGCUCCACUCUAACACUCGCUCUGCGGCGCCACGUGUUCAGACCUAUAUCGUUUCAGACAUGGACUGAUGGAGGUCUGGACAUUUUCCAGAGUUUGUCUUUCACAUGUGCAGAAGCAGCAGGAGGAUUGAAGAGGGGGGCGGGGCCUGUGCAGAGCAGCAGGAGGCGGGACGUGGCGUUUGAAGUCUGCUGCGGAAAUCACAGUGAUUGAGAAUUUCUGCGUCGGCCCUUCUGCUGAAAAGCUCUCGAGCCUCGUUGUCUUUUCAAGUUG